AUGUCAUCAGCGGCCAGUGGUUCAAAGGAGAAGAGGCCUUCGACGACAGAAUACGGCCGGAGGAUGGCGUUUCAAGAAGCAAGAAAGGCGGAGCUAGCAAGGAAGUCUCCCAGCUUGUCCCCUCCAGGAAGUUCCCCGGAACCGGGAAGUCUUGAAUUUAGCGAAAGUCACAAAUUCCAUAGCCAUGAUCGCGGAGAUCUCCGAGCCCUCCUCCAUGAAAUCGACAAGGACAAAUACAUCGACAGACGCAGGCUGUUUACCACUCCUCAGGAUCCAGCUGGGCACUGGAGAUUAUGUUGCUACGGCGAUCUGCUGAAUGCUCUGAACGACAAACGUACUGAGCGGCUGGGCAAAGGACACGCCCACAUCGAUCUCACAGGACUGGUUGCCGAAAUCAACUCCCGCCUUAGGGAAUACCACCGUUCGGGAAAGCCUAUCCCUGAAAACGUCGAGCUUCACGAUCCCGUCGGACCUGCGGUCCAUUCCCAUUACUACCCAUACAAAUUCAGGAAUCUCAUUGCAAACCCAGUCGGGUAUCAGGAUUGCGAGCGAGACUUGCUCGCCUACCUCUUGGGAAAUUUGAAAGACAUUGGUGCCCCAGGAGGCGGAAUGAAAUACACUCACAUUGGGGACUAUUUGGACCGAGUGGCGGAAGAGCAGCAAUGGCCAGAGAACCUCCGAUUGAAGAGAAAUUAUGAUUCUGGUUUCGUCGCCCGGUACAGGUGUCGUGUUUUGAAUGUUGCAAGCGAUGCACAAGCUGCGGGAUCCACGGGAGAUGGUGGAGCUGGGGGGGGCUGA